UGGGAAGCGGUUGCAGCCCGUCGAAACUCGAGUAAAACGAAAUCGCAGUGUCGCGGUGGAUGGUAAUGCCUGCUUGGAUCGACACGCGUUCGUUUCUUGCGUCGGUCGGACAACCGUUUUUCGACCAGAAUCGUUUCUCGCUCGGUUCGCGAUCGCGGAGAAAUGCGAGUUUAAAAGGCGCCGUGAAAGAUCGGGCAUUUCGCGCUGAAGAGGCUGGCCGGCUCGGCUCGGCGAGAAAGAAGUUUCUCGUUAAAAAGAGGAGGAGAAGGAGAACAAAAAAGUGAGACAAAGCUGGUGGUGGCGGCGUGUCCGGUGGUGCAAGACACCUCCUAUUCUCGCAGCCGGUCAUAAGGCGAAAAGUCGAGAGGAACGUGUAGCCGAGCGUAGGUUCCCCCGUAGCGGGGCCCGGCUGGAUGCACGGGCAUACGGCUGUGCACAGCAAGGUACACAGCAGCGUACUUUCAUAAUGUCGAAGGAGUACAGGAGACCCGAGGCCCCGUGGCACUCGACGGACGGCUAGUGAAGGGAACGGAUCGUCAUAGUCGGUCGACGCUCGAGGCUCGACCAAACGGCCAGCGAAAAUGCCGUCCGCAUAACGCCGCGUCGCGCUUAACGGUCUCCGGUAACAGGUGAAUCGACGACGAUUUCCGGGAAUCGGUGGUGAGUUUUCAGCGGAGUUUACUCGAUCGGAGAACCGGACGAACACGUUCAGCCGGAGAGAGAGAAAGAAACACCCAGAGACACAUCGCGCGCGCGCGCGAGACGUCAUGAAGAAUCUGGAGGAGCGUUAUCGCGUCGAGGCGCGAACCGCCGAUCGGUCCCAUCGCGCCGAUUGACCGAACGAUGUGGAAGGACGAUCGUCGGACCUCUUGAUCCCGGUGACCAGAGAGACUAGAAGUUAGCGCGCGGUGAUCAUCGGUGCGAAGCGCAAAGAACGCUUUUCCCUUGGAUUCCCGUUCACGGACUCGUCGAAGGCUCGUCUCGUCGGCUAGCUUGCCCCGGCCGCGAAGCAUUCCAGUGUAAACACCGCGAAUCGUCGUCGACGCAUUAACGGACAAGCACGUUGCGCGCUCGAAACGAGUUUUCUCGAUCGGUGCCGCGGGCGCGACCGACACGAACAAAGAAACUUCUCGUGAAAGUUGCCGCGAGGUGCGCGGGAUAAAGAGUGUUCUCCCCGGUAGCGCGGGCAUCGCGCGUCGUGCCUACAUCGCGGAUGAUCGCGACCACGGCCAGUGAGUGCUCAAUGUGAUCCCGCCUAUCGUCAGAGGCCAGCAAACGACAUCAUAUCGAGGAUGACGCGAGAGAUUCUCCUAUCCCUUCUGGGGAUCCUCGUCGUGGGCGCGGAAGGACUGAAGUGCGGUCAUCCGGCGGUGCCGAUGAACGCCAAGGUGUCGUUGGCCGACGAUGCUCUGGAGAUCGGCGCCGUGGCGACGUACACGUGCGACACCGGCUACGAAUUAUUCGGCAGCGGCAGCCUGACGUGCAACGCCCGGGGGAAAUGGCAAGGAGACCUACCAUUCUGCGGUACGAACGUCGCUUUCCGGAAACCGACCAAUCAAUCGACCACCGUGCGAGGCGGGGACGCUAGCCACGGUAACGACGGCGACUCGAGCACCGAGCACGAUGGAAAACGAUGCACCGAGACGCAGAGCGAGCCCAGCCCGUGGUGGAAGGUCGACCUCCUCAAGUCCUACUCGGUAAAGGUCGUCAGAGUGACGACCAGGGGUUGUUGCGGUCACCAACCCCUUCAGGAUAUCGAGAUACGCGUUGGCAACAGUAGCGCGGAGUUGCAACGGAACCCGUUGUGCGCCUGGUUUCCGGGCACGAUUGAGGAGGGCAUCACGAAGACUUUCGUGUGCGCCAGGGCGCUGAUCGGACAAUACGUGUUCCUGCAGCUGGUCGGCGUCGAGGGCAGCCUGAGCCUGUGCGAGGUCGAGGUGUUCGCCGUCGACGAGUUCUCGACGGACAGGUGCGCCUACGCCGGGACGCCGGCUGACGCCGAUCUGGCCGCUUUCAACUCCACCUGUUACGAGUUCGUGGUGAAGAAGGGUGGCUCGUUCCAAGAGGCGCGGAACUAUUGCCGCGGCAGGGGCGGCGAUCUCGUGCACGGCUUCAAGGGCGCGGCGUCGGUCUAUAUACUGAACAAUCUCGAGAGACGAAAGGACAAGCUGAAAACCCAGCUGGUCUGGAUCGGCGCGCAGAAGGAGCCGCUGAUCACGGCGCGAACCUGGCGCUGGGUGGAUGGCGAGAUCGUGCAGAAGCCUUCCUGGGGCAAAGACCAGCCGAACAAUUACAACGGCGAGCAGAAUUGCGUGGUGCUGGACGGCGGCCGUAGUUGGCUCUGGAACGACGUCGGCUGCAACCUUGACUACUUACACUGGAUAUGUCAAAGCAGACCACCGACUUGCGGCAGCCCGGAGAAAUCGGCGAACACGACGAUCGUCGGCACCAAGAGGACGAUUGGCUCCACGAUCGAUUACGUCUGCCCGGACGGCUACAUGCUGAUCGGGUCGAAGUACAGAGCCUGCGAGCCGAGCGGAUUUUGGAGCGGCGAGCCGCCCACCUGCAAAUUCGUCGAUUGCAGUCCACUCCCGGAACUGGAGAACGGCGUGAUCACGUUGGUGGACAAGAGGACCACGCACGGGGCACUCGCCGAUUACGCCUGCAACGAGAAUUACACGCUGAUCGGCGACGCCAGACGCAGAUGCGGCGACGGCGGUAUUUGGAGCGGACAUAAGCCCCAAUGCUUGUUCGAUUGGUGCCCGGAACCGCCGCCGGUGAACGGCGGAGUCGUUACCACUACUGGCCGACGAACUGGAUCCACCGCCACUUACUCCUGCCAGAACGGCUUCAUUUUGUUCGGCGACAACGUAUUGACCUGCGACGUCGGCGGCGAGUGGUCCGGCAAGGCGCCCCAAUGCAAGUUCGUCGAUUGCGGUGCACCAGCUCAAAUCGAGUACGGCACCGUGACCCUGAUCAACGGCACCACUACGGUGAAGAGCUUGGCGGUGUACACGUGCCAGGAGGACUACUGGCUGGUCGGCGAAGCGAAGCACGAGUGCACCAGAGAAGGAAAAUGGAGCCACGCCACGCCGUCUUGCGAGCUGAUCACCUGCGAGGAGCCCGAGGUGCCUACAGGAAGCUACGUGGUCGGGUACGAUCUGAACGUUCACAGUGCCAUCGAGUACCAUUGCGAGGCAGGAUAUCUGCUUCAAGGGGAGGCCAGACACACGUGCGGCAGAGACGGAGAAUGGACUGGCGAAGUUCCCACCUGCGAAUAUGUGGAGUGCGGCAAAGUUCUGCCGGUGUUGAACGGAGCCGUGGAAUACGCGAACGGGACGACUCAUCUGGGAAGCGAAAUCACUUACAGCUGCACGAGAAAUUACAGGCUGAACGGGGUGUCGAGGAGAUACUGCUUAGACAAUGGCCAAUGGAGCGACGCGACACCGAAGUGCGAAGAAAUCCGGUGUCCAGAGCCAGUGUACGCGGAACACGGGAUCCUCUCGGUGACCGGAAACGACCGAAUGUACGGGAGAACGUUGAUCCGCACCGGGACGCCGGAGAACUCGAACACGGGCGCGACUUCCUAUAAAAUCGGCGCUCUCGCCAAGUAUCGCUGCGAGAGGGGAUACAAGGUGAUCGGAGAGCCUCUGUCCACCUGCGAGGACAAUGGAAAGUGGAGCGGCGAGGUUCCGCGUUGCGUCUACGUCGAUUGCAGCAAGCCCGAGCAAAUUCAGCACGGCAAGUACACGCUAACGUCGAACGCGACCUAUUACGGGGCAGCCGCGCUAUACGAGUGCGACGGUAACUUCGAGCUCGACGGAUUCGCCAGGAGAUUGUGCUUGGAAAAUGGUACAUGGAGCAGCGACACGCCGGUUUGCAAAGAAAUCAGGUGCAAGGACCCGGAGAAGGAAGGAGUCCUGUCUACGCAGGUAUCGACGCACAGCGUGGGCGGCAUCGCCCACUACGCGUGCCCGCGUGGCUACUACAUGGAAGGAAACGAGGCCAGAGUCUGCUUGCAGAACGGCUCUUGGAGUGGAAGCGUGCCCGCUUGUUUCUCCGUCGAGUGCAAGCACCCGGGGCCCAUAGAGAACGGAAGAGUGAUCGUGGUGAACGGGACCACAACCUACGGCGGAACCGCAGAGUAUCAUUGCCUACCGCAGUUCGAGAGAGUCGGCCCGUUUCUGAGAAAAUGUUUGGACACCGGAUCUUGGAGCGGCGAGGAGCCCAAGUGCGAGUUCAUGCCGAACGAGGUCGCGGAAGCGCAAGGCGUGGGUACCAGCGUCGGGAUCGGUGCCGGAGUCAUCAUAUUUAUAUUAAUUAUACUUGGACUCGUUUACCUAAGACUGAGGAAAGCUACGCCUGUGAAAAAUACGGAGAACGUGCAAGCUGCCGAAAGGAAGGAGGAUCAGAACGCCGCUGUAAUGUCCUACGCUACGCUUAACGAUGGAACGCCCAACGCCAUGUACGAGAAUGUCCCGGAAGACGGUCUCUACGAUAGUCCUUACAGUAUAAGUGGCAGUACCUAUGGGUACGGCAACAACGUCAGGAGACAUUACGGAAGAUCCGGACACUACGAGGCCGAACCGGUCGCGAACAGAAACGGCAUCACCAUCAACGGAGUGUCCGUGCGAUAGUCCCUGUCAGAGUCGUCCUCGGAAUCAGGUAUUAUUUAUGUACAGAACAGAGAUAUGUGGGAGGACACACCGACGCGCGAACCAUUGUUGCCUUUAUUUAUGUUAUUGUGUUGAGCGUAGCGCCGAUUUCUGUAAAUAAGUAAAGAGGAUGAUGAACGCGACCGACGAUCGCGAAUCCGCGCAAAAAUUCGCGUAAGACGGCAUUCACGUCGGAAGAAAAUUUCGCGAGACUACAAUUCCACGUGUAUCAUUGUGUAUAUAGAGUGUUACCGUAAUUUAGGACGACUGUUUGUAAAUCUCAAGCGAAAGGCGCAUCUUGUAACAUAAGCUUGAUUGUUCGUUGGUUGCACGAAUAAAGAAACCAAUGCUCUUGUUUUAUUUUGACACGA